UUCCUGUUUCUUUUCGUUAAAGGAGUGUGACAGUCAGUCGGUCUUUCAGUGACGUGAGGAGGUUCUCGCACGGAGGCGCUGAAAUGAGCUGAAGCCUUACAGGACUCUACUCUCACAUCCGGACGUCUGCUUCACCAGCAGCGAGAUCUCUUGCGCGACAAUGAUCGGCGUGAAGAUGUUGGCGCCGUUGCUAUGGGGAAUGUGUGUUUUGUUUGUUGUGGACUCGGUGACUGCUUCCCCCUCUGAAACCAGCAGCGGCAACGUCACUGUUGAGUCUAAUCACACCACUGCACAAGUGCCUGACAGCGCAGCCGGGACUCCAGAUCACAAAUCUGCAAGUGUCGGCGUCGCUGCGACGAGUGCCAGCACGGCGCGUGGUGUUACAGCGGAGGACGGCGUGUUAGCCACAGAGGAAAGACAAACAACCCAAGAGGCGCCUGUUGGCGACUUCCCAAACGGCUCAGGCAGCAGCAUGGUUGGUUCGACUGUCAUCAACACUGCAGCUGCGGCGACCAGCAGCUCGGACGUGCACGUGCUUCAUACCACCACAGCAGCGACCACGUCUGCCGGGGAAUCUUCCGACCACGCUACAGCCUCGCAGACAACUCCAGACCACCAGAAACCAGCCACCGCAUUCACUGAGGCGACGGCUAAUUCAACAGCGAUAUUUUCCGUGUCCGCAUCCAGUCUGCAGCCCACGUCCACCAGUAAGCCUGACAUCACAUCGGGGUUACCCUCAACCACCUCCCCUGAGAAGUCUGCACAGACUCCCGUCCACGCUCUGAACCUCACCAGCCCCUCGGCUUCCGCCGUUGCCACAGCGACUGCAAGCCCUCCCCCCGGGACGACUCCUAGGUCUAACUCCACUUCUUCUCCGUCGCCCCUCUCAACGGCUGAGACGUCCAAAACCAGCACAGAGCUCGGCUCCACGUCUCGGCCCGCGGCCACGUCACAGGUUCCUGACGCGACAUCUCCAGGUUCUGCUUCUCCGUCCGUCUCCACUGAUUCACAGAACUCCACUGCCCCCGCUAACUCCUCCACCAUCGCGGGAAUCCUGAUCCCUCGUAAGCCCAAGAGGUUGCCACUUCCAACUGCGGCCCCGACAACAACAACAACAACAACAACAACAGCAGCCGCGAACGGCAAAGGCUCGGGCAGCCACUCCGCCACUGACCAGCCCUGCUCCAACCGCGGCGUGGUGAAGAACUGCCUCAUCGCCAUCGCGGUCAUGGCCGCCGUGGCCACCGCCUUCAUGGUUUCCACCAUUAUCCUCUGUGCCAAGCUGUCGGCGAGGAAGCACAAGACCAGGAAACCCCGGCAGGAGACCGAGAUGAUGUGCAUCUCCGCUCUGCUGCCUGAGACAAAUCAAAGCUACACGCGGCAACGCAACCCGGUCCGAAACGGGAUCCUGGUGUUCCCCGGGGUCGGAGACAGCGAUGACGACAUAGGGGACAACCUCACGCUCAGCAGCUUCCUCCCGGAAAACGACCGUUGCGUUUAGAGGGACUUACACCCACUGACAUGUCAGAUCAGCCCGCGUCUAAUCUCAGCCAUGUGGAACCAGCCAGUGUUUGAAUAAUCUCAUGCUUCCCCUUUGAUGGUGGUGGUUUCAGCUUCAGUGCACGGCCUAUUUGUGAGGAGGAAGAGACACCAAACCACAAAUACACAUAUAAAUGAAAACACAAACUUUUGUUUUUUUCGUCACGUGUCCGCCGAACAUAUUUAGCGUCGGUUGAGGUCAGCCAGUACGGUGUGUGUUUUGGAUUUAGCUCUUCGCAUAGUUUUACACCGGAGAAUUGAAAACAGGAUGAGUAGAGUGAUCAAAGUGGGGUUUUUUUUUGUUUUUUUUAAACAUCCGGAGCUGAGGCCUGAUGCUUUUUCACUUUGCGACUGGAGACAGGAUCACUGUUCGUCAGUCACUCUUCAGUUUACAAGAACUGCUUUCCUUGCCGAAGGCUCAAUAGCAUGAAUGUAGGGUUUUGACUGAUGUGGCUCAGCUCAAUUGUGUGUGAUAAUUUAUUCAAGAAAUGUCUUAUUUAACCAUUCGGUGAUGUUUUAUUUUACAGGGUCUGUUCUUGCCUAAUCUUCAGAAAGGAAUAUGUGUGUAAAUGUGUAUAUGUGUAUAUAUAGUUUUACUUUGAUUUCCAUUAAAACACAAUAUAUGAUUUAUUUGAAGACAUUGCAGUCGUUUACAAUUGGCACCGAUCCUAGGGGGAUGUUUAAAAUUCAGUAGACUCUCAAAUCAAAGGAUUUUCUUGCCUGAUGUUUGUUUCGUUUAAUUUGCUGAUAAUGUUCAACAAAACGGCAAAAGCGGCGGCAGAUGAGACGUUUCCUGUGUCGACGCGUCCUCCUGUGCGUCCAAACAGCAGUCAUAAUAAAACUAUGAGCUCUGUGAACUCA